AUGAAAAGUAAAGACUUACAAAAUGUUGUAAUUUCCAAGUACAAAAAUGGUGAUAGUCCACCGAUGAUAUUUCGUCAUUUAAAUGGUGUUAUUGGUCUUAGAACGAUUGGAAGGUGGUGCAAAAUGAUCAAGGAGACCGGCUCAAUUAAUUUAUCAAGUCCGACCGGUCGUCCACGUGUUAUUCGUACCAAAACAAUGAUUCAGAAAGUGAAAAACCGGUUAAAGAGAAAAAAACGAGUAUCAUCUCGAAAAUUAGCAAGUGACUUAGAUAUUUCUGAACGAUCGGUUCGACGUAUACUGAAAAAGGAUCUGGAUCUUCGACCAUACAAGAAACGGAUUGAACCAUUUUUGAAGAAGGAACUUUAG